CUUAUUCGCUCUUUCUGUCAGACCAGCACUCCUGAAUCGCAGGGUGCCACACUUGAAGGGCGAGGGUGGUGGAUCAAGGGUGCACAUCAUCACUUGUAGACAACAGCAGAGACGCGAGACACAGCGUGGGUAGGCACCGUCACACGGACCGACCCUUGUCUAUCCAACCAGGAUGGAGAACGCACACACAAAGACCCCGGCAGAAUGCCUGUCUUACUUCAGUGUCAACGAGAACACCGGCUUGAGCCCGGACCAGUUCAAGAAGAACCUGGACAAGUACGGCUUCAACGAGCUGCCAGCGGAAGAAGGCAAAAGCAUCUGGGAGCUGAUCAUUGAGCAGUUUGAAGACCUGCUGGUCCGAAUCCUGCUGCUGGCUGCCUGUAUCUCUUUUGUUCUGGCUUGGUUUGAGGAAGGUGAGGAGACCAUCACUGCCUUCGUGGAGCCCUUUGUCAUCCUCCUGAUCCUCAUCGCUAAUGCUGUGGUCGGAGUGUGGCAGGAGCGUAAUGCUGAGGAUGCUAUCGAGGCUCUCAAGGAGUACGAGCCUGAGAUGGGCAAAGUCUACCGUUCUGACAGAAAGAGUGUGCAGAGGAUCAAGGCCAGAGAAAUCGUCCCCGGAGACAUCGUGGAAGUGUCUGUUGGUGACAAAGUCCCCGCUGACAUCAGGAUUGUUUCCAUCAAGUCCACCACCCUGCGUGUUGACCAGUCCAUCCUCACUGGUGAGUCCGUCAGUGUGAUUAAGCACACCGAGUCUGUGCCCGACCCCAGAGCUGUCAACCAGGACAAGAAGAACAUGCUUUUCUCUGGCACCAACAUUGCUGCUGGCAAGGCCAUCGGUGUGGCCAUUGCCACCGGAGUUUCCACUGAAAUCGGCAAAAUCCGUGACCAGAUGGCUGCCACCGAGCAGGAGAAGACCCCUCUGCAGGCUAAGUUGGAUGAGUUUGGCGAGCAGCUCUCCAAGGUCAUCUCUCUGAUCUGCGUCGCCGUGUGGGCUAUCAACAUCGGCCACUUCAACGACCCCGUGCACGGAGGCUCAUGGAUCCGUGGCGCUGUUUACUACUUCAAGAUUGCCGUCGCUCUGGCUGUGGCCGCUAUCCCUGAAGGUCUGCCUGCUGUCAUCACUACCUGCCUGGCUCUCGGCACCCGCCGUAUGGCCAAGAAGAACGCCAUCGUCAGAAGCCUGCCCUCUGUGGAAACCUUGGGCUGCACCUCUGUCAUCUGCUCCGACAAAACCGGCACCCUGACCACCAACCAGAUGUGUGUGACCAAGAUGUUCAUUGUCAAAAGCGCCGAGGGCAGCCAUGUUGACCUUGAUGCUUUCGAUAUCUCCGGCUCCAAGUACACCCCAGAGGGCGAGGUUUCCCAGGGUGGUGCACGGACCAACUGCAGCUCCUAUGACGGCCUUGUUGAGAUCGCCACCAUCUGCGCCCUGUGCAACGACUCCUCUCUGGACUACAACGAGGCUAAGAAGAUCUAUGAGAAGGUCGGUGAGGCUACUGAGACAGCUCUGUCCUGCCUGGUCGAGAAGAUGAACGUGUUCAACACCAACGUGAAGAACCUGUCCAGAAUCGAGAGGGCCAAUGCUUGCUGCUCCGUCGUCAAGCAACUGAUGAAGAAGAACUUCACUCUGGAGUUCUCCCGUGACAGGAAGUCCAUGUCUGUGUACUGCACUCCCACCAAGGGUGACGGUGGCGCCAAGAUGUUCGUGAAGGGUGCCCCCGAGGGUGUCAUUGAAAGGUGCGCUUACGUACGCGUCGGCACCACCCGCGUCCCCCUGACCAACACCAUCAAGGAGAAGAUCAUGGCCGUUAUCAGGGACUGGGGUACCGGCCGCGACACCCUGCGUUGUCUGGCUCUGGCCACCCGUGACACCCCUCUGAAGCCAGAAGAGAUGAAUCUGGAGGACUCCACCAAGUUCGCUGAUUACGAGAAUGACCUGACCUUUGUUGGCUGCGUGGGCAUGUUGGAUCCCCCUCGUAAGGAGGUGACUGGCUCCAUCGAGCUGUGCAAAGCUGCCGGAAUCCGUGUAAUUAUGAUCACUGGUGACAACAAGGGAACCGCCAUUGCCAUCUGCCGCCGUAUCGGCAUCUUCAAGGAGGAUGAGGAUGUUGCCAACAAGGCCUACACUGGACGUGAGUUUGAUGACCUUCCCAGCCACGAGCAGUCCGAGGCUGUCCGUAGAGCUUGCUGCUUCGCCCGCGUGGAGCCAUCGCACAAGUCCAAGAUCGUGGAGUUCUUGCAGGGUUAUGAUGACAUCACUGCCAUGACCGGUGAUGGUGUGAACGAUGCCCCCGCCCUGAAGAAGGCCGAGAUUGGCAUCGCCAUGGGCUCUGGCACUGCCGUUGCCAAGUCUGCCUCUGAGAUGGUCCUGGCUGACGACAACUUCUCCUCCAUUGUGGCCGCCGUUGAGGAGGGCAGAGCUAUUUACAACAACAUGAAGCAGUUCAUCCGAUACCUCAUCUCCUCCAACGUUGGCGAGGUUGUCUGUAUCUUCUUGACCGCCGCUCUGGGUCUUCCUGAGGCUCUGAUCCCCGUCCAGUUGCUGUGGGUCAACCUGGUUACUGAUGGUCUGCCUGCCACCGCUCUGGGAUUCAACCCCCCUGAUCUGGACAUCAUGGGCAAGCCCCCACGUUCUCCCAAGGAGCCCCUGAUCUCCGGCUGGCUCUUCUUCAGAUACAUGGCCAUCGGUGGAUACGUCGGUGCCGCCACUGUUGGUGGAGCUGCUUGGUGGUUCCUCUACGACCCCACUGGUCCCAUGAUCACCUACCACCAGCUGUCCCACUUCAUGCAGUGCCAUGACGAGAACGAGGACUUUGCCGGCAUCGAAUGCGAAAUCUUUGAGGCCGCUCCUCCCAUGACCAUGGCUCUGUCUGUGCUGGUCACCAUCGAGAUGUGCAACGCCCUCAACAGCUUGUCUGAGAACCAGUCCCUGGUCCGCAUGCCCCCAUGGAGCAACUUCUGGCUGCUCGCCGCCAUGUCCCUGUCCAUGUCCCUGCACUUCAUGAUCAUCUAUGUUGACCCUCUGCCCAUGAUCUUCAAGUUGACCCAUCUGACCGUGGAACAGUGGGUCGUCGUGCUCAAACUCUCCUUCCCCGUCAUCCUCAUUGACGAGGUGUUGAAGUUCUUCGCCCGUAACUACGUUGAGAACUAAUUCAGUCCACCAUCAUCGUUUAGCCCUGUAACUAAAGCAAGGUACAGAGUCUAAAUAGAGAUGUAGGAGAUCUUAAAAAGGUUGGAUUGAAAUAGGCGAAGAAGAAAGAGAGAGAGAGAGAAAGGGAGAGGAACAUCACAACCAUAAAGCCCUACUGAACCAACCAACAGAGGAGAGAAGAUAAAACACAGGGAAAUGUGAAAAAAAAACUAACAAAAUGUGUUUUUAAAAAAAAUUCUAUUUUUUAAAUUAACACAUCACCUGCAAAGAAAUAUUUAAUAUUUUAUUCUAAAAAAAUAAAAUACAUAUUAUUAAAAGUGAUUUUUUUUUUGUUAACCUCGGAUAUUCUAUUCUCAGCUGUUGUGUUUUUGUGUCCUCUGUCCAUCUUCCUAUGAUUGACUUUCCAGCUCAUGACUUUUAAUUCUAGUCUUUACUGUCUUGUGCGGCCUUCCCUUGCUUUAUUUAGUGUAGGCUUGCAUUUCAUGACAUCAUUAAAAAGGGCAGGAAAAAAAAAGAAAAAGAAAAAGCCAACAUCCAUCCAGCUGCCAGGGCUUCUUUAUAUAUUUCUAGGCAGUGCCAGUCAGUGGUCUCUUGACAGACGUUGGGUAUGUCCACGCAGUCUCAACACUUUUGGUCUUAUAUAUUGUUUACGUGAUGAGAUAUUAAAUAAAAUGAUGAUGACAAAUUUUGUAUUGUCGA